UAGUGACUACGUCAUUUAUUUUGGAGGAUUUUUUUGUCAGCAGAAGCGGGCUUCUUUCUCCUCCGAUUUAAACUGUUUUUUUUUUUUUUUUAAUCAGUCAUCCGCGGAUUAGAAAGCAAGACCAUCCGAGAAUUGAAGUACUUUGAGCUACUAUGUAGUGGAGUCUGGAGCCCCUCUGGAAUAUUUGCAAUAUGAAGAAUGGAAGCAGACGAUGUUACUAUCAGGGAGCAGAAUUUCCACAGCCAAGUCCGGGAGUACAUUAUAUGCUUCCUUCUGUUUGCGGUACUCUACAUUGUCUCCUACUUCAUUAUCACCCGAUACAGGAGGAAGACGGACGACCACGAGGAUGAAGAUGCUGUCGUCAACAGAAUAUCAUUGUACCUGUGCACGUUCACGCUCGCUGUGUCGGGCGGUGCCGUCUUUCUGUUGCCGUUCUCCAUCAUCAGCAAUGAGAUCUUGUUGUCCUUCCCCAAGAAUUACUACAUCCAAUGGCUCAAUGGCUCCCUCAUCCAUGGCCUUUGGAAUCUAGUGUCACUCUUCUCCAACCUUUGCCUCUUCAUCCUGAUGCCCUUCGCCUAUUUCUUCCUGGAAUCAGAAGGCUUCGCCGGAUCUAAAAAGGGCAUUAAGGCGCGCAUUUUGGAGACUUUCGUGAUGCUCUUCUUGCUGGCUUUGCUCAUCCUGGGCAUCGUGUGGGUGGCGUCAGCGCUCAUUGACAAUGACGCAGCCAGUAUGGAGUCACUCUACGACCUUUGGGAAUUCUACCUACCCUACCUGUACUCCUGUAUAUCACUGAUGGGAGGACUGCUUUUACUUAUGUGCACCCCUGUGGGAUUGUCAAGGAUGUACACCGUAAUGGGCCAGUUACUUGUGAAGCCAACGAUCCUGGAGGACCUGGAUGAGCAGAUUUACUGCAUUUAUUUGCAAGAGGAAGCUCUUCAGAGAAGAUUAAACGGAUCAUCCACAUGUGCUUAUACCAGAGGAGGCGUCACUCAUCAGCUCACCAAAGAACUGGACAGCAUCAGAAACUUGAGGAAUAAACUGGAGAGAAGAAAGCAAGCGUCUGGUUGGGAGAAGAACUUGCUGUAUCCCAUAGUGAUGCUGAUCCUGCUCGCAGGAACGGCAAUCUCGGUUCUUCUGGUGGCGUUGAACAUCCUAUACCUUCUUGUGGAUGAGACUGCCAUGCCCAAGGGUUCCACGGACCGAGGAGGCAUCGGAAACACCUCUUUGUCCACCUUUGGCGUUGUCCAAGCUGUGUUGGAGAUCAUCCUCAUGUUUUAUCUGAUGGCUUCUUCCGUAGUUGGCUUCUAUAGCCUGCGCCUCUUUGAGGGUCUCACUCCCAGGAAGGAUGAUACAACCAUGACAACGAUUAUUGGAUGCUGCGUGUCCAUCCUGGUGCUGAGUUCAGCCCUGCCAGUAAUGUCCAGAACAUUAGGCAUCACCAGGUUCGAUCUGUUGGGAGACUUCGGGAGAUUCAACUGGCUGGGGAACUUCUACAUCGUGCUGUCGUAUAACCUGCUGUUUGCGGUGGUGACCACGCUUUGUCUGGUGAGGAAGUUCACUUCGGCUGUGCGGGAGGAACUCCUCAAGGCUUUAGGUCUGGAUAAAUUGCAACUGUCACACAGCCCCACCGACCCGGAAUCUGGGAAGCUCUCUGCCAACGGGCAUCAGAAAACUUUGUGAAAGGAUUGACAGGGGAAGAUUUCCACAGUGGAGGCCCGACCGCUAAAAGGUGAAAGGGAUUGGCGGGCAACUUAAUGAACCCGAGCCGCGUCUGGCAGACGCCGCAAACGGAAGCCGAGGGCCAUUUCGCUUCGUGACAUUCCGUCCCCUGCGUCUCGGGUGGGAGCCGGGACACAGCCAAGAAGAGACUGGGGAGUGAGAUGGCACUCCCUUGCUCCCGUGCACCUGUGCUUCACAUCAUCAAGUCCUUUUUGGUCAAGUUUCAACUAAGUGGUACAGUUCAAAUCAGGUCAACUCUUAACUAGACUGAUAAUUCUCUGCAAUGUGUCUAGUACCAAAAAAAACAAAAAAACAAAUGGUUCCAAUAUUCUGAACCCCUGAUAUGAAUAAGGCUUUGAUGACUAAACAACACGUAAAUCAGAACGGCAAGCUUUACUAUUCAGUUUCUGGUCUUAUCAUUAUUAUAGAUUUCACUUUUCCAUGUGCUAGACGAGUAAAUUUUCGAUGGACAAAAAAACUCUGCGGGUAUUAAAAUGCAUUGCCUCGGAAGUGUCCGUUUACUAAGAUUGUUAUUGACAGAAAACAAUGUCGUGUCAAGUAGUGGAAAAAGUAUGUUGGAUUUUAGUGUAUUGCUAUCAUUGAGCCUGAUGAUGUCAUUAGUGGGAAAUUUUUAGGUGCUCUAUAUUUGAGUUUGAGCCAGUGGACAUGCAAAGACUUUUAUGUUAUGAUGCACAAAAUUAUUUUGCUUCCAAACACACCCCAAAGAAGGGCACUGUAGAUUUUUUUUCGGUGAAAAUUGUAUUUCCUUGUAUAUAUGUUUGAUUGCUCUUUUUGCAUUAUUUGGGAGUAAAGGUGGCAAAUUCGCCAAGCAAUUUGUACAUUUCGCCCCCCCCGAGUCUCAUGCUAACAAUCAAACGCACAACACAUGAAAACAACGUGCAGUUUGGACUCAGGCCGCCACGUCGACGCGUUAACCGCAAAAGCACCGUAAAUGCCUUAAACGACGAGCCCGUCGCGGGUUUAACGUUGAAGGUCGUGUCUCAUCUUUGAUUUGUUCUUCGGGCCGCUCUAGACAGUUCCACUGUGAUCUUAGCCAGGUUAGUCUGACGCCAGCGACGUACGACUUGCGCGUUCUUUUCUUUUCAGUGUUGUCAUGGAAACGGUCGCUAGCCUGGGAGGCCUGUAAAAAGCGAGUGACCGAUUACGGCGUCAUAUACUGCGGAUGUGUUGUCAUGGCGACUCAAACGAUGUCAAGAAAGGAAGUUGUUUAAAUGUGAGUGUGUGGUUAUACAGUACAAGUAUAUGCAUUUUAUUUGAUUGAGGCAGGGACUACUUUAUGUUGAAUAUGCAGCUCUAAAUGAAUUUGAAAAGCAGAACAGGGCCAAAGAUUGAAAUACUUUAGAAGUCAAGUACAGUUGUGCCAUUUGAAAACUGCGGGGGGAAUCAACAGCACAGCUCGAAAAUGUUUCUGCAACGUGGACGAUGUAACACCUGUCAGGGAAGUCGGUGCCGGCUUUGUUCAGACCGAGAAGGCCGUCGCACCUCAAAUAAAACAUCACAGUCCUACUGGUUUUCUAUUCAUCUCUGUGCUGUGUGGGUGUGUGGGCAUUUACUUUUAAAGUGAAGCAGUUCUGUCAAUGCGUGUCUAUUUUUUCCCAGGGGGUACAUGUUUUGUGAAUGUAUUUUUUAAAUCAAUCUCUCAGUCAGCUAUCGUGUGUAUGGUUAUUUUUUUAUGUUUGUGCAUUUGCAAAUAAAAGUUUGAAGAUAUCCCUCUUUUUGUCGUUUGUGUGUUCUGAUGUAACGCUACUCAAAAGGUGCGUCUACCUGUUUUAAAUUAGUUUCUUGUGGUAGUCGGAUCUGCAGAGAGGGCAAGCGGGUGCGCGGUCGGUGGUGAAGGACUCGAAGGCGUCCAGGCAGACUUGGUGGAAGAGGUGGGAGCAGGAUAGCAGCACUGAGCGUCUUCUUCGUUGAUGGAGGUUGAAGCUGGAAGACCUUCCGGAUGCUUCUGGGGCCCACAGUGGCGUCAGGCAGAUGGGGCAGUCGCUGGC